CUGUUUGCAUUGUGUCUGAACUGCCGGCGAGCUUUAAAAAUAAUAUAACCAACCGCGGCAAUGUCGGGCAGGUCGGUCCGAGCUGAGACCCGGAGCAGGGCGAAAGAUGACAUCAAGAGGGUUAUGGCCGCUAUCGAGAAAGUACGAAAAUGGCCAGUCCGGUCCAGUUCGGCCAAAUGUGAGGAGCCUACAGAAGCAUGUGCAAGAAAUGGAGAAGAAAUGGGUGACGGUUGGUGACACAUCUCUUCGUAUCUACAAGUGGGUCCCCGUGACGGAACCCAAAUCAGAUGACAAGAACAAGAUUAAGAAGAAAGGCAAAGAUGAUAAAUAUGGUUCAGAGGUGACAACUCCAGAGAACAGCUCCUCUCCGGGGAUGAUGGACAUGCAUGAUGAUAACAGCAAUCAGAGUUCCAUUGCUGAUUCAUCACCAGUGAAACAGGAAAACAGCUGUAGCACCAGCCCAGCUCCAGAGGCCAACACUGUGUUGCACCGCGACAGCGAUGCCAAGACUGACCGCAGCCCAGACAGCAAGAGAG